AUGUACUACGGGCCCCACGCACACCUCCCCUGCAUGUCUACUGUGAUGCGGGAGCCACGCACCUCACAAGUGGAAUCCUCCCACCUCCCGCUGCACACGCACGCCCCUGCAGUCCUCCUGUUAUGCGGGAGCCACGCUCCUCAUAGUGGAUGCUCCCACUCCCGCUCACACCUCCCCUGCAUGUCUCCUGUGAUGCGGGAGCCAAGCAACCUCACAAUGGGAGAUCCUCCACUCCCCGCGCCGACCUCCCCUGCAUGUUCUCCGUGCUACGAAGAGCGUGGCCCCCGCAGCACCGCUUGA